CCUCCUCCCUGUCGCGGGCUACCGGCUCUGAGCUCUCGCCCCUCCCCAGAGAAGAGUGUCCGGCUCCUCCCGGGGCGCCUUGCCCGCCACUCCUUCCCUGCCCACCUACUAUGAGGAGCGGCUCCUCCCACCUGCGCAUAAAAGCCAAGUGCAUGUUACCCGCCGUGGAUCACAGCCCUUCCCCAGUCCUCUCCGUGGGAGCCCGCGAGCCUCUCUGCCCGACCUUACUUGCCCAAGAAGCUGUUGUGGAAGUACAGCAGUGUUUGGUGAGGAAAAGGAAAGGAACCCCUCGAGUGCCACAAAGGCGCACAAGCAACCACACUCACCCUUGCUCCCGCAGACCGGCCACAUCUAAAUGUGAUGGCUGUGCUGCCUGGCCCUCCACAGCUGCUACAAGUGGUGCUGACCAUUUCCCUGGCUUCUAUCAGGCUCAUUCAGGCUGGUGCCUACUAUGGAAUCAAGCCGCUGCCACCUCAGAUGCCACCACAAAUUCCACAAUACCAGCCAAUGGGCCAACAAGUACCUCACAUGCCUUUGGCCAAAGAUGGCCUCACCAUGGGCAAGGAGAUGCCCCAUAUGCAAUAUGGCAAAGAGUAUCCCCACCUACCCCAGUAUAUGAAGGAAGUGCAACCGGUGCCAAGAAUGGGCAAGGAAGCAGUCCCCAAGAAAGGCAAAGAAAUUCCAUUAGCCAGUUUACGAGGGGAACAAGGUCCCCGAGGAGAACCUGGCCCAAGAGGACCCCCUGGGCCUCCCGGUUUGCCAGGUCAAGGAAUACCUGGAAUCAAAGGAAAACCAGGGCCACAGGGAUAUCCAGGAAUUGGAAAGCCAGGUAUGCCAGGAAUGCCAGGGAAGCCAGGAGCCAUGGGAAUGCCCGGGGCAAAAGGCGAAAUUGGACCCAAAGGUGAAAUCGGGCCCAUGGGCAUUCCAGGACCACAAGGACCUCCAGGGCCUCAUGGACUUCCUGGCAUUGGGAAACCAGGUGGGCCAGGGUUGCCAGGGCAGCCGGGAGCAAAGGGUGAUCGAGGACCCAAGGGCCCGCCAGGACCUCCAGGCCUGCAGGGCCCUAAGGGAGAGAAGGGCUUUGGGAUGCCAGGUCUGCCAGGCCUUAAGGGUCCUCCAGGGAUGCACGGACCCCCUGGCCCUGUGGGACUUCCGGGAGUGGGCAAACCGGGUGUGACAGGCUUCCCUGGGCCACAGGGCCCUCUGGGGAAGCCAGGGCCCCCAGGAGAACCUGGUCCGCAGGGCCCAAUUGGAGUACCAGGAGUGCAAGGACCUCCUGGGUUGCCUGGAGUAGGAAAACCAGGCCAAGAUGGGAUCCCUGGCCAGCCAGGAUUUCCAGGUGGCAAAGGGGAGCAAGGCCUACCAGGGCUGCCAGGACCCCCAGGCCUUCCAGGUGUGGGAAAACCAGGCUUCCCGGGACCCAAAGGUGACCGUGGGGUUGGGGGAGUUCCUGGUGCUCUCGGGCCCAGGGGAGAGAAAGGACCUGUGGGGGCCCCUGGAAUGGGGGGUCCCCCAGGGGAGCCCGGCCUGCCUGGAAUCCCAGGGCCCAUGGGCCCUCCAGGAGCCAUUGGUUUUCCUGGACCCAAAGGAGAAGGUGGAGCCGUGGGGCCACAGGGGCCACCAGGUCCCAAGGGGGAGCCUGGGCUUCAGGGUUUUCCAGGCAAGCCAGGCUUUCUUGGAGAAGUAGGGCCACCAGGUGUAAGGGGUUUACCAGGUCCCAUAGGGCCCAAGGGGGAAGUUGGACUCAAAGGUUUGCCAGGGCUCCCUGGUGUCCCAGGGCUACUUGGACCAAAGGGAGAACCAGGCAUCCCAGGGGAUCAGGGUCUGCAGGGCCCUCCUGGGAUCCCAGGGAUUGCAGGGCCAAGUGGCCCCAUUGGACCACCAGGGAUCCCAGGCCCCAAAGGAGAGCCAGGCCUCCCAGGGGCCCCGGGGUUCCCUGGAGUCGGGAAGCCGGGAGUCGCAGGACUUCAUGGACCACCAGGGAAACCUGGAGCCCUGGGUCCCCAAGGCCAGCCUGGCCUUCCAGGCCCACCAGGCCCUCCAGGACCACCGGGGCUGCCAGCCGUGAUGCCCCCUACACCAGCCCCCCAGGGAGAGUAUCUGCCAGACAUGGGACUGGGGAUUGAUGGGGUGAAAACUCCCCAUGCCUAUGGCGCUAAGAAAGGCAAGAAUGGAGGGCCAGCCUAUGAGAUGCCCGCAUUCACGGCCGAGCUGACAGCGCCCUUCCCACCUGUGGGGGCCCCGGUGAAGUUCGACAAGCUGCUCUAUAACGGCAGGCAGAACUACAACCCGCAGACGGGCAUCUUCACCUGUGAGGUGCCCGGGGUCUACUACUUCGCAUACCAUGUUCACUGUAAAGGAGGCAACGUGUGGGUUGCUCUGUUCAAGAACAACGAGCCCAUGAUGUAUACGUACGACGAGUACAAGAAGGGCUUCCUGGACCAGGCGUCUGGUAGUGCAGUGCUGCUGCUGAGACCUGGAGACCGUGUGUUCCUCCAGAUGCCAUCGGAACAGGCUGCGGGACUGUACGCUGGCCAGUACGUCCACUCCUCCUUUUCAGGAUAUUUAUUGUAUCCCAUGUAAAAAAGAGAGAUUUAAUAGAGCAAAAGAAAAUGCACCCCUAAUCCAUAUGAAACACGUUAAUUCUGUUUCAAAACAUUUAUAUAGUUGGAAAGUUAUAUUUAAGUGAAAAGUUGGACCAUCAUGUACAAAUAAAAACUGCGAUGCAUGAUUUUAAUCCUCUGCACAGCAGCUUGUAAUUGCAAAUGAUGGGGUAGAUUUAUGUAUCAAGUACUGACACCUGUGUUGUACCCACUGGAAUCAUAUUAUCCAUUGUAUGUUAUGUGCUUCCAUGAUAACCUGCUUGUUCAGAUCAGCCAGAAUAUUGUAAAUGGAAGAUCAUAGCUAAUGAGAGUCACCUGCUCACCUUGUUUAAAGUAUUUAUAAAUGUGCCUUAAAGAAAAGUCAAUCAUAACAAUCACCUACAGUAUGUACUUGUAUUUGUGCAGAUACUUUGCCAGGGAAGGUUGGGAAAGGAUCUGUCUUGUUACUGUGUGUGGGGGCCACGGGACCUGAGCAAUGAUUUUAUUCUAAGGGUCUGUGUUUUGUGCCAGAGGCUGUGUCUUUUAGCAACAAAAGUCCUUGUUAGAAUUGUGCAUCAAGGAUCUCUGAAAGAACAAGAGAAC